AUGCUGCUUGUGGAUGUUCAGGUUUUGAUGGUUUGUUGCAUCAGUGAUGAUAUAUUCGCAGAGUUUCAGAAGGUUCGACAAGAGAUUCAAGCUUUAAAGUCUGAAAAGGAUCAAGACAUUCAAGUGUUAAAGACUGAAAAUGCAAUUUUAACUUCAACAAAAAAUCAACUGACAAAAGGAAGCGGUUCCGUGUAUACACGAUGGGGAAGAACUUCCUGCGAUGGAAAUGGCACAGAGAAAGUAUACUCUGGCUACACUUCAGGAAAUCCAUACGAAUUAGCUGGUGGAGCAGCGAGCUAUCUUUGCCUCCCAGAAAAACCAACAUGGGCAAAGUACGUGGACGAUUUACAAAAUGAAGGCGCUUAUAUAUCAGGAACAGAGUAUCAAAGCAAUUAUUUCCAUGAAUUUGACCCAUUUCCACAAUCUAUGCUCGACCAAGACGCACCUUGUGCUGUUUGUAGAAGUCCUAGAACAACUUCCAUUAUGAUACCUGGUAAAACUGACUGUUACACCGGAUGGACGAUAGAAUACACUGGUUACCUAAUGUCUGGUUACCAUCGCCACCAGGCUGCUACAGAUUAUGCUUGCGUUGACAUCCGUCCAGAAGCCACCUUCCAUGGAGAAGCUAAUCAGGAUGGAAAAUUGUUGUUUUUCGUAGAGGUAAAAUGUGGUUCUUUGCCGUGUCAGGAAUAUCCGAAUGAUCGCGAAUUAGCGUGUGUUGUAUGCUCAAAAUAGAAGUUUUCAAAUGCAAUAGAAGCAUAAUUAAAUGUAUUGAACAUGCAUCUCCUAACUACAGUACUGAAUUUAAAGUAGAAAAGAAGAGAGUUGAUAGUUAAUCUUUAAGCUCUAUUUUGUUGUUCCCUUAACAGGCGGUUAAUAAUGUUUAAAAUAUAUAUAAACGUUUGACAUACAGCUAAUAUUAUAACAUAGAGCUUAAAGUUUGAACUCUGAAUUGUACUGAUUCUGUCAUGUUUUUGAAAUUAUUGUAAAAAUAUCUCAAUACACAAUUUACGGAAAUAACAAA